AAGCAACAAAAUAACAUUUUUCUUGCAAAUAAAGCAAUUUCGCAAUUUAAUAUUAGCAGCACUUUGACAGUUUUGUAAUAUUUAUUUAGUGUUUGAGGAAGAAAUGUAUGUAUCCAUAUUUCAGAUAAAUUUUCAAAUGUAGCCAAUUGCUGCAUUUUAGCAAAUUUGAGUAUCUUUGCAGCCACGCUAAAUUUAAAGCAAAAAUGUAUCUAAAUGAAUAAAAUUGUAUCCAAGUCCCACUUGUUCCUUGUCAGCAGUGGGUAAUACAAAAAAAAUGUCAAAAAUUUAUUUAAAAGCAAGAAUAAAUGAACAGUUUAAAACCUGAUUAAAAAAAAGAUGAAGAUAGUUGAAUAAAAAUAAAAACCAAAGUUUUUGAAGUGAGUUCAAGUAAUGGAAACAUUUUACAUAAGGUUUGGUUAAUUUAUUAUAGUGGCUUUUUGAGGUAAGAAAUUUUUAGAUAUUGUAAAAGGAAGAUGAAUAGGUUACUAGCAACAGAAGAUCGAAUGAGUUCAUCGGAGUCUGAAUCAAUAAACUCAGCAACAAACAAAAGGAAUGCGUGCAAGUGGGAUUAUUGUAUCUCGGAAGAAGGAGAAUUGUUUUAUAUGGAAUCUUUAUUACAACCAGUUGGUUCAAUGCCUAUUAAUGAGCCACGCAAUACCACGAGAAAUUCGGGUACUGGACGUAGUACAUGCAAUACAGAUUCUGGGAAUACAAAAUCAGCUAACAAACCAUUAAAAGAACAAAAACCAAUUACAAGUUUUCAUAAUUAUGCAAUGCAUUACAAUCAUUUUUUUAUGGAUAUAUUAAAGGAUAUUAAUGAAGUGGUGACUCUUAUUAUUUUGUUCAUGGCUAAUGAAAUUUGUGAAGAUGUGUUGUUUUCAUACCCAAAAAAAGAAGUCAAUGAUAUUUUAAGUGCGAAGGGAAGUUUUUUUACAUUACAGUCAAUUAUUAAAAAUAAUUUUAAGACGGAGCUGCUUUUGUCCUCCCUGAAUUUGGGGGACAAAAUUUACAACGUUUACUAUAAAAAUAUUGAGAAUACUUUACUGAUAUUUGGUGUAAAUAACAAAAAUUUUAAAGGCAACACACUUUUGGGGGUAGUCAGUGAAUUUUUCGAAUAUUUAACGAUUUUUCAUUUAAAAAACCUUCCAAUAAAUAGCGAGAAUGAAAAAAAAUUGAAAGAUAUUUGCGAAAUCUUGAAUAUUAAUUUUCAAACUUCUGACAGUAUUCUAACCCCGUUCCUUAAUUUAACAAGUUUUUUGAAAUUACCGAAGGAUACUGAAGCUAAAAUACAUAAUGCUUUAAACGAGAUGUCAGCGAUGGAUUACCGAGAUUGGAAUGAUGAGCCGUUAAUUUCACAUCGCGAAUUCUUUAUUUGUGGUUCACUGCUUUAUUUUAACACUUAUUUAUUAGCAAAUCAAUUGCCAACUUCACAUUCUAAUCCCAUUAAGCAAAUAUUAAAUUUUAGCGGUAUUUUAAAGGCAAUUGAAAAAAAUUUUAUUCAAGAGUUAAUAUUUUGGCAUGAAAUUCCCUUUGAACAAUCAGAACAAAGGUAUUUUGUAGUUAUCUGUACCAGAAAUAAUUUAACAAUUGCGUGUUUAUUGCAAACAAACUACGUUAAUAAUUCGAAAGAAACUUCAAAAAUAAUAUAUCCUUCCGCAUUUUAUAUCGAAGAAAUUCAGGAUACUUUGGAUUAUUUAAACGAGAAAGGUAUUAAAAGUAUAUCUCAAAAUAUUAUAGAUGCUAAAAAAUGUGAAGAAGAUAUGAAUAAUAAAAGUUAUCUGAAAUUUGAUGGCAUAAGGAAAACUGAUGAUGUAAAGUUACCAAUCUUCGGAACAAGUGGACAUUCUAAUAAUAGCCAAACUCAUAGUGAAGAAUCUGUUAUUAGAGACGACGACCGUUCCGAAAUGGAUUCAGAGUGGGAUGGAUUUCCAAGUAGUUUCAAAAGUGCAAGUGAAUUUGAUAAAAAUUCAGAUUAUAAAAAAGGACCCAAGUCAAGUGAAUUUGGAAUAUUAAUCGAAGGGAUGUUCAAAAGAAAAGGAUGUUAUAUAUCACACGUAAUACAAGUUAAUUAUGGUUCAGGACUUCUUAUUUCUCAUAUAGAAAAGCCUGAUCAAAUAUUAGAAAAAUUUAAAUCUUGUUGUGAAUUAAUUCAUAGUGUUCUACAAAGUAUGCCACCAAGAAAUAGGAGCGCUAUAAUAGAUUUUAAUAAUGUGUCUAAUCAACGCAAAUCUUUAAAUAAAGUUAAAGAACAUGGUGUACAUUUAGUCACUAUUGAUAGUAUUGGAAAUUCGGUACCUUUUUGGGUCAUUGGAAGAUUAAUAGAUUCCCCAUGUGGAGAACUAUAUGUGUGUCAUUAUGAAGACAUUCCACAAAAUUUAAUAGAAAUUGCAUUCCGCUUGUUGAUGCAAGAUACAUUUUAGCUUUCAAAAAAUAAUUUUUAUGGAUUCAAAAUUAUUGUACCUAUCUACAUAAUUUUCUUGGUUUUCAAAAUAAUGGUAGCAAGCAAUUGAACAUCUCAAAUCGAGUUUUAUCUACUCUUAAAAUUGGCGCAAAUAAUAUUUUUGGUGAGCAGCAAUGUAUGUUAUAAGUUUUUUAUUUUUAUUUAAGUGGCUUAUACAAAUGUAAGGCAAUUGUAAUACGAAAUGCGUUUCAUAAAAUUUUAUAAAUAUUUUGAAUAAAAUUUUUAAAUAAUGAAAUUAAAAUGCAAACAAUAUCAAUCAAAAUAGUUUCAAAGAAAUUUGUUUGUUAAGUAUCGAAAUAGUUUCAAAAAAAUUUGUUAGUAAAGUAGGGUAGGUACCUAUCUAGUUAAUUAAAAAAUAGUUUGCGAAAUUCAAUAACAAUGAUAGCAAUUCCAAUCAACAUAAAUUUUUUUAGAAUUUGGGAAUAAUUUUCUUUUCACUGCUAUUAAUAAUUUUUUUUACAUAUUCUGCUUAUAAGAAAAUAAAUAAAUCAAUUACUUUUAUUAAUUAAAAAAUUACAAUAAUUAUUUUGUUAGUUGUAUAAUGUCAGCCAGAAUUCAAAUUUACUAAAAGUUUAUGUUAAUUUAAUUUAAACUGGUGUAUCUUG